AAGGUUUUCUUUUGACUAACUAAGCCAUGGACACUCGGACGGAUCCCCCGAGGCCACGCUUGAUGAAACCCAAAGAGAAUCCUCAAUGGGCGGGUUGGAGCCCCUACAAAGGAAUCCCUAGGUAGGCUAAUGACUCCCGUACAUACGUUUUUAGCCCAAGACCUGUGAGUUAUGCGAAGCUCGCCCCACCAGUUCCCCUCGACGAGCAGGAACUUGGCCGGCAUCCUAGCGACUCCGGCAGCGACCAGCAGCUCCACGCCAAAACAGCAGCGGCGGAAUAGUUCCUCCGAUGGUAACAGGACGAACUUCCUGUUCCGUUCCCAGAAGCAAACCACCGGCGGGCCAGCACCAGUCCGGCGGCAGCGAGUUCUCCCUCCGGGAAUCAGCGGCACAGAGAGGGAGUAGCAACCGAUUGAAAGGACAGAACAGAUGGACGAGGAACAGAACAGAGCGAGGAAAACGACAGAGAGAAGGCAGAAGAACGCAAUAGAGCAUAACCGAGCAAGAACGAUACAAACUCCCAAUUAAAUUCAAUUCAAUCAAUCAAUUAAUUCAACAAUUCAAUUCACAAAUUCAUCAUCAAUAUUUUAUAGUGUCAAUUUCGAGGUUUUCACGGAGCGAUUUGUAGCCCGGACCUCCUGUUCUUCAGAUCUGUUAAAGUAAGACUGAGGUCAGUUGAUUUCAGAGAGCAGCGAGACAGAUGAGAUAUACUUAUGUAGGACUUUAAAGGAAUAAUUACUACGAUGGUUU